GCACCAUGGACAGCCCGCUGGCCUUCUCGCACUUCCACUCCGCGCUCACUCACUUCCAGCGCAAGCUGCUGGUCAUGCAGAUGGCGGAACCCAGCCAGGUAAUCGCCAUGUACAUCAACGAGUCCUUCCCCGCGCCCGGCACCUACAAGUGCGGCAAGGACAUGCUGGUGUUCGCACACUCGGGUGGCCUUCACCGCAAGCACGAGCUGCCCUGCCACAACCUGUGGCUCGACCUCACCUCCAGCCGCAUCCAGGUCUACCGCAAUGCCCAGGUGGCGCAGUCCUUCCUGUGGAUGGCCAAGGGCGCGCCGCCGGUGCGGCCGCAAGCGCCCGUCGCCCUCACCGCCCCCGCUGCCGAGAUGCGCCCCAACGUGGGGCUGCAGGAGAGGGGAGCCGACAGGCGGGGUCGCGGAGGCGGAGGUGGCAGGGA